GCGAUUGGUCGCUCCGGGCUGUCGGUCACCGGGACGGCUCGCCUUCGUUCGCGCGCUCUUUGAACGUGAAGAAGCGGAGGGAGCCGGCGCCUCGGGCUGGCGUGUUGUCCGGCGGCUGGUUCUCCCCGCCAGGGCCCUGACGCACCCGGGUUAUGGCUGAGGAGACAGGCCACACUUCCUCAAGGUUCCUGUUCCCUUUCAAACCCUACUCCAUCCAGGAGGAAUUCAUGACUGCGCUUUACAAUGUGCUUGAAGAAGGGAAGAUUGGGAUAUUUGAGAGUCCCACCGGGACAGGGAAGUCACUCAGUCUCAUCUGUGGAGCGCUCACUUGGCUCAAAGACUUUGAAGAGAAAAAAAAACUGGAAGCAGCCCAGCUUUUGGAAGAUAGACUUCCACAGCAAUGGCAGUCCCAGGAUCUCCAGAAUUCCUCCGACUUUAGCACCAAGGAAUCAGAAGCCAAGGCCCCGGGGGGUGAAUUGGACUGGAUCACUGAAUUUGUGCAGAAGAAGGCUGAACGUGACCUGGUUGAUAAAUUGAAGGAUGAAGAAUUAAGAAGAAAGAAAAGGGAGGAACGAUUGGAGCAAAUGCGUAACAAUGUGCAGCUUAAAUAUGCUUUGAAACGCAAGAGAGAUGCUGAUGACACAGAACGCCUCAUUCAGAUGAGCAAAGAAGUGGUGACUCCUGAACAGGUGUCGAACGCUGAUGCUCUGGACAAGGAGGAUGAGGGCUUCAUUCUGGCAGAUUAUGACAGUGAUGAUGAAAAGAAAUCAAAGGAUUCGGGCCUGUCUGACGAGGAUGAUUUGGAGGAAGAACAUGUGACUAAGAUCUAUUACUGCAGCCGCACACACUCCCAACUCACUCAGUUCAUACAUGAAGUUAAGAAAAGUCCAUUUGGUAAAGAGAUCAGGCUGGUGUCACUUGGGUCUCGACAGAACCUGUGUGUAAAUGAGGAGGUGAGGUGCCUGAGGUCAGUCCAGUUGAUCAACGAUCGGUGCCUGGAAAUGCAGAAGAACAAACGCGCUGACAGAAAAGGCGGCGAGGAUGCAGAGGAGACGCCUAAACGGAAGCGCAAGAGCCGAGUGACUUGCCCAUUCUACAGCCAUGAGCAGAUGCAGUUCCUGCGCGAUGAGUUGCUGGUGGAGGUGAAGGACAUAGAACAGUUGGUGUCACUGGGAAAGGAGAUGAAGGCGUGUCCGUACUAUGCCAGCCGCUAUGCAAUUCCACCAGCACAGUUGGUGGUGAUGCCCUACCAAACGCUGCUGCACAGCUCGACCAGGCGGGCAUCUGGCAUUAAACUGAAGGGGCAGGUGCUGGUGAUUGAUGAAGCGCAUAAUCUGAUCGAUACCAUCACUGCCAUUCACAGCUACAAGGUGACUGGAUCACAGUUGUGCUGCGCUCACUCCCAACUCUCUCAGUACCUGGAACGUUACAGAAGCAGACUAAAAGCAAAAAACCUGAUGUACAUUAAGCAGAUCCUUUAUAUUCUCGUUAAUCUACUUCAGGUUUUAGGAGGAAAGGCUGGACAAAAUCCUAACAUGCAGAAGAUUUUUCAGGGAGGUACUGAGUUACAAUCUAUCAACGAUUUUCUUUUCCGUGCCCAGUUUGACAACAUCAACUUAUUCAAAGUACAGCGUUACUAUACAAAGAGUAUGCUCAGUCAAAAGCUGUUUGGGUUUGUGGAGAAGUACCAGGAUUCAGCUUCAAAACUGUUCAGUGCACAAAAUCAAAAAGAAUCCAAGACAGCUGCUCUUGGGAAUUUUCUUCAGAGUCUUAAUGAGAAAUCCAGUGGACAAGUUAAGCUGCAUGAGCAGGAAGAGUCCCUGGAGAAGGAACAACCUGUCAUGGCAUCGCCGAUGAUGCAUAUUGAGGGGUUUCUCUUUGCCCUCACGAGCACCAACAAAGAUGGACGUGUGGUCAUUCAGAGACAAGGUACAGUGUCUCAGAGCAGCCUGAAGUUCCUGUUGCUGAACCCGGCAGUCCACUUCGCUGAGGUAGUGAAGGAGUGUCGAGCAGUGGUCAUCGCUGGAGGCACAAUGCAGCCGGUGGCAGACUUCAAAGACCAGCUCCUGUUUACUUCGGGUGUCUCUGCUGACAGACUGGUGGAAUUUUCAUGUGGUCAUGUAAUUCCACCAGAAAAUAUUUUGCCUAUAAUCCUCUGUAGUGGUCCAUCAGGACAGCAGCUUGAAUUCACCUUUCAGAAGAGGGACAAGCCACAACUACUGGAUGAAUGUGGCCGGGUGCUGGUCAAUUUAUGUAAGGUGGUCCCAGGUGGCAUUGUGUGCUUCUUUCCAUCAUACGAAUAUGAAAAUCUUGUGUACAAACACUGGGAAAAGACUGGUCUGCUGGUGCAACUAGAAGCCAAAAAGAAGAUUUUCCAGGAGCCCAAAAAGGCCAGUCUGGUGGAGCAGGUGCUUUCCGAGUAUUCCAGGUGUAUCCAGCACUCAAGGCAAACACCAGGGCCGAUCACCGGGGCCCUGCUCUUCUCUGUUGUUGGGGGAAAGAUGAGCGAAGGUAUCAACUUCUCCGAUGACCUGGGCAGGUGUGUGGUGAUGGUUGGAAUGCCAUUUCCCAACGUGAACUCGCCAGAGCUGCAGGAAAGGAUGGCGUACCUGGACAAGACCAUGACUAAAACUGAUGGGAAGAGUCCAGGAAAAGUACUACUGGAAAAUUUGUGCAUGAAAGCUGUCAACCAAUCUAUAGGACGAGCGAUCCGCCAUCGUGAGGACUAUGCUAAUAUUGUGCUCUUGGAUCAUCGCUAUACCCAGCCCAGGAUUCUUAGCAAGUUGCCAGUUUGGAUCAGGGGGCGAACACAGACAGAGGUUUCAUUUGGACCUGCCCUUGGAGCCAUCGGAAAGUUCUUCAAGGACAGGAAGUCCCUUGGAAAUGCUACAUAAGUAGAAAGGCCAUCACUAGAAAGUGAGAUGCUUGUGUUAACAUGAACCUCGCUCAACAACUAAUUCAAGCCACUUGACCGGUUACAUAGCCCUUCCCCAGUUGUAUGAAAAUUAUACAAAAUUGAUUAUUAUCCUUUCCAUUUUGCUUGUUAGUUUUCUUGUGAUUGUUUGACAGUUGAGUGCUUUUAACCAUUUGUAAAUUAAAUAUUUGUAUUCUCUUUUGCUGAAACAAAUAAACUAAUAAAUAAUUUAAAGGUG